GUAAAAAGAGCGCUGAACAAGCUUUUAAAAAAUUAAAACCGCGGACUUAAGUUUGCGCCAAAUAAGUUGGUUGUGUUGUGUGCCCUUUCUUUAUUUCAUUUCCUUCAAAAAUCCCCAAAAUUUAGAGACUGUAAGAAAGUCAUCGUCUUCCUUCCUCCUUUCGUGGCAUUUCUCAAAAUUUGAAGACAAUCAAUGGCAGAUUCCAAGGUCUUUAGCCUCCGGAUCGUCUCUCUCGACCACUACAUGGCACCGCCGAUUCCAGACCUCGAUAUCUCUUACAGUAGCUUCCACGGCGGGAGAGUGAAUGAGGUUCCUGUUAUCAGGAUAUUUGGGUCAACUCCGGCUGGUCAGAAAACUUGCUUGCACAUCCAUCGAGUUUUGCCAUAUCUAUAUGUUCCAUGGGCCGAUUUACCUGUUCAACAUCGGCAAGAAGGUGACGCAUACAUGCAUGACAUAUCACUAGCUUUAGAGAAAGCCUUAAAGCUUAAAAGUAAGGCAUGUUCAAAGCGGCAGUAUGUUCACGGUUGUAGCCUUGUUCGUGCAAGAAAAUUUUAUGGUUAUCAUUCUUCAGAGGAGCUGUUUGUGAAGAUAUACCUGUAUCCUUUCCGUUAUUCUUUAUUCAUUGAUAAUCUGGGAGUGCUGUUUAAAACACCUUGACAAAUUAUAAGCUACUACCCACAUGAUAUCUCUCGUGCUGCUAAUCUUCUUCUGGGUGGUGGAGUUCUUGAUAAAAGUUUACAGCCCCAUGAAGCACACAUUCCAUUUAUUCUCCAGUUUCUGAUUGACUACAAUUUGUAUGGGAUGGGUCAUGUACAUCUGUCUAAGAUGAGGUUUCGUCAUCCUGUACCAGAUGUAUUCUGCCCAACGAGAUCUUUUUACAAUGAACAACCGAGACAGAAUGUGGAUCCCAGAACAUGCCUGCCUCCUGAUUCCCAGGCAGAUAUAAGUAGCAGUUCAUCUUUUGAUUCACCUGUUUGGAUAUCUUCUACGGUUCCGGAUGAUUGGAUGUGGCAUUCUUCUUGUGAAUUUGAUGCAUCACCAAUUCUAGACAUAGACAUCAACUCUGUUAAACGUCAAAGUCUUUGUCAACUGGAAGGGGAUGCUACUGUAGAUGAGAUUCUUAAUCAGCAGUUUAAAAUAUUUACAUCCUUAUCACAGACUCUUUCAGAUGUGAAAAUGGUUCAGUCACUUGUGCCAAUUUGGGAGGAGGAGUAUGAGAGGACUGGGUUGCGUGAGGUGGCAAUGCUUUCUGAUCCUAGCAAACCACCACCUGAAGAUGUUUUAAAAACACUUUCACUUGGUCAAGAGUUUACGAACAAACUUAUGGAAUUGCAUAAUGUAGCAGAAAGCUCCUUUUGCUUACUGCCACAUGAGAGAGAUGUGCGGUCUUUGCAGUCUUUGCAGCUAGUGGCGAUUUCAAAAAAUGAGAAAAAUUUGGUUGGAAUUGAUCAUGUUUGUAAUAGUGUUGAUAUAGAACCUUCAAAGUGCCUUAAAGAAAAAAGUCUAAUUCAUUCUCUGUCAUCACAAGAGGAAGAUGGUGCAAUAUUAUCUACAGAGAAGGAGGCAAUUGUUAAAUUAUCAUCUAACGAUCAACUUUCACCAUCUCAAAUGAUUGAGACAUCAGAUAAGAAGGCUGCAGAUAAGGAAGCCUUGGGUCUUCUAAAGUGGCUUGCCUCUUCUCAGGCAGCUGAUGAUAUAAACUCCGAUGAUGAACUUCUUCGUGAGACCAUCUUGAGUCCCUUGUUUCCGGCAACUACCAUUGAAGAGGUGUUGGAGAAAGCUAAUGUGGAUUAUGAGAGUGAAUCUCAAAAGGAGUGCCAAGACAUUCUUGAUUCAAUUGAUGAUACAUUUGAUGUAAAGGAUUCACCUGAAUAUAACCAUUCUCCCAGAAUUUCAUCUGAGAAAAUUAUUCCCCAAGUGGAUGGUGCUGGGGAUGACAUGUUAGAUACUCCCUGCGCUGGAUCAUCUGAAAAUAUUUCUGAAAUGGAGCUGAAGUGUAAAUUUGAAGAGACUUGUGAACACCGGAUGAUACCGGAGGAUUCUCUUGUUGGAAAACAGGAACAGGAGGAUGCUCACUCAAGCUUUACUCAUAAACAUAAAAGGAAAAAAUUAUUCUGGGGCUCUUUACCUUUCUCGAUAAACCAAAAGUCAAAAAUUGAGAGAGACGCUGUCUUUUCCUGUGGUGAAGCCAAAGUUCCCUUCACUGAAAGUUCCUCAGAAUUUAAGAUGGGGCAACACGAGGAUACUUCAAUGAAAAAUGUGAGGAAUGAUGCUUCUGACAUUAAGGAGAGUACACCAUUGGUUGAAUGCUCUGUAAGAGACUUGAUGAGGAGAAAAAGACACUAUCGAGUUGAGCCAGUUGAGUUUUGCUCUCUUGGGGUUGAAAAGGUUUCCUUAGAUAAGAAAGAAAAAGAAGAUACCAAUAUCUUUCCAAGACAUUUGGAUUUUCAAAUUGAUGAGCCUAACAAGAGGCAUCUUGAGUCUCUUAACUUGUGUCCAUCAUUUACUGGUCCAGAAUCAGUGCGUCAUGAGUUUUAUGAUGUUAAGGCCAUUGAUGAUAGAAUCGUAAAUGCUAGUACAUCAGAAGAUAGAAAUUUUGAUUCUCAUAAAGGUAAUAAUGAUGAUAGCAGCAGUGUGAUCACUCAAUCUGGGAACUUCUUAUACAGAGGUCCUGAUGUAAAUAUAAGUUCUUCACUAGCUAAGCAUGGGAAUCCUGCUGAUGCUGCUACUGGCAAUUAUGAAAAUGUUCAAGAAUCUGAUAUUCAGUUGUUGAAGCUUGAUCCCAAGGAAAGCACUUUUCCUGCUGCUUCAAGCUGUUUUCAAUAUACUACUGGGCAUGAGGAAUUAGAUGUGAAAAGUGGCACUGAAGGCCAACCUUCUGGGGAAUGUGCCAAUAAAAUGUCAUCCAUGAAACCAGUGGUUGGGAACAGAACUAACGUAAGUUUUUUAAACGGUGGGCAUAGCCCUGGAGAGGAGGCUUCCAUGGUUAUUAAAACCAAUCCACAAGAUGAGGACUUAAUUAGCUUGACCUUAUGCAAGAAACCUCCUGCUACCAAAUGGAUACAUCGUUCUUGUCCAGAUAAUGAUUCUCACUGUGGAACAUCAGGAAGAGCUUUGAAUGAUUAUCUCCCUUUUUUUAUGGAAGACUUCAAAGAAAAGACGGAAAAUCAGAACAAAAGCAUGAAAGUUUGUGACUCUACUUUUCAACAAGAAGCUGCUAUUGGUGUCCCCACUCAUUAUCAAAAUGAUGGCUCAUUUUUGUAUCUGCUGACACCUCAUGUUUCACCUCCUUCAGCUGAAAAUGUUAUGAGAUGGCUAGCAUCUGGUACUUCCGCAGAAGGCAGUACAGUAAUAACAAAUGCUUUGUCUCAGGCAGGAACUUCUACUACUCUAAUUGAUUCACCAAGUUCUUCACCUGAUGUUUGCAAUAAUGUUUCUUUUGAAUCUGGCUAUGUAUCUCAUCAACUACAUAUUCAGGCACAAGGGCCACAAGAUAACCGUGACGACCUUGAUUUGACAAGGAAUAUUCCUUGUAAUGAGGAUACAUCAAUGAUGCCAAGGGAAGGAGAUUCUGAAAAACUUAAACAAUAUUCUAAUUGUUCUCAAGAUGUUUCUCAGAUUUCAGGGCCAGACGGGAGAUCAAAGCCCACUCCUCUUAGUCAAAUUGGAUUUCGAGACCCUGCAAGUCUUGGUGGUGGACAGCAGCUGACACUGUUAAGUAUAGAGGUUCAAGCUGCCUCUAGGGGAGAUCUUCGACCUGACCCUCGAUUUGAUGCCAUCAGUGUAAUAACUCUUGCUGUUCAGAAUGAUAGUGAUUUUGAAGUCGAAAUCCAUGUGCUUUUGCACUGUAAAAUUGAAAACGGUCAGAGGAAUCUUGACGGAAUUUCUGGAUGCAAUGUGUUGACUUUUAAUGAGGAAAAGUACUUGUUUAAUCACUUUAUAAAGUUUGUAUGUUCGCUUGACCCGGAUAUUUUAAUGGGGUGGGAUGUUCAAGGUGGUUCACUUGGUUUUUUAGCAGAACGGGCUUCGCACCUUGGUAUAGGUUUACUUAACAGCAUAUCUCGGAUACCAUCUAUAAGUAAAAUGGCUCCUGGAGAUUUAGGGAUUCCUGAGGAAAAAUCACUUGAUAACAUUAAUAAUGAGUCAGCUCUUGCAGAGUCUGUUGUACUGGAGGAUGCUAUAAUUGAGGAUGAAUGGGGACGAACUCAUGCUAGUGGUGUUCAUGUUGGUGGUAGAAUUGUCCUUAAUGUUUGGCGACUUAUGCGUGGUGAAGUUAAGCUUAAUAUGUACACAAUCGAAGCUGUUGCUGAUGCUGUGUUGAGACAAAAAAUCCCAUAUAUUAAUUAUAAUGUGCUGACUAAAUGGUUUUCCAGUGGUCCUGGCCGAGCAAGAUAUCGCUGUAUUGAAUAUGUGAAAGUCCGAGCAAAGUUGAACCUUGAGAUAAUGAGUCAACUUGAUAUGAUAAAUCGGACAUCAGAGCUCGCUCGUGUAUUUGGCAUUGACUUUUUUUCAGUUUUGUCUCGUGGUUCACAAUAUCGUGUUGAGUCAAUGUAUUUGAGAUUGGCACAUACACAAAAUUAUCUUGCCAUUUCCCCUGGGAGUCAUCAGGUUGCUUCCCAACCUGCAAUGGAGUGCCUUCCUCUUGUAAUGGAACCAGAGUCUGGUUUUUAUGCAGAUCCUGUAGUUGUUUUGGAUUUUCAAUCUCUUUAUCCAUCAAUGAUUAUUGCAUACAACCUGUGCUAUUCUACAUGCCUCGGAAACAUUGCGCCAUCAAAGGCAAAUACACUUGGUGUCAGUCCAUUUUCGCCAGAUACACAAAUUCUACAAGAUUUAAAAUAUCAAUUACUGCUUACUCCAAAUGGUGUUAUGUAUGUACCAUCAAAGAUACGUAAAGGUGUGCUGCCCCGCCUGUUGGAGGAAAUAUUGUCCACUAGAAUAAUGGUGAAACAAGCAAUGAAAAAGUUGUCUCCUUCACAACAAGUUCUUCAAAGGAUAUUUAACUCAAGACAGCUGGCUCUGAAACUAAUAGCAAAUGUAACAUAUGGGUAUACUGCUGCUGGGUUUAGCGGCCGAAUGCCUUGUGCAGAGCUUGCAGACAGUAUUGUUCAGUGUGGUCGCAGUACCCUAGAAAAGGCUAUAUCUUAUGUAAAUGCACAGGACAAAUGGAAGGCUAAAGUCAUUUAUGGUGACACUGACAGCUUGUUUGUGCUCCUGAAAGGACGAUCUGUUGAAGAUGCUCAUCGAAUUGGGAAUGAGAUUGCCUCAGAAAUCACUGCUAUGAAUCCAAAUCCAGUUGCUCUGAAAAUGGAAAAAGUUUAUCAUCCAUGCUUCCUUCUUACGAAGAAGCGAUACGUUGGUUACAGUUAUGAAAGUCCUAAGCAUGUUGAACCCAUAUUUGAUGCUAAAGGUGUUGAGACAGUUCGCAGGGAUACUUGUGCGGCUGUUUCCAAAAUGAUGGAGCAGUCUCUGAGGCUCUUCUUUGAACAUCAGGACAUUUCUGAGGUCAAAGCAUAUUUGCUGCGUCAAUGGAAGCGGAUCUUAUCAGGAAGGGUGUCUCUUCAAGAUUUUGUUUUUGCAAAGGAAGUUCGCUUAGGCUCCUACAGUGCAAGGGAUUCUUCUUCACUCCCGCCAUCAGCAAUAGUGGCCACUAAAGCAAUGAGAACUGAUCCAAGGGCAGAGCCAUGUUAUGGAGACAGAGUUCCUUAUGUUGUGAUACAUGGAGAGCCUGGGGCUCGCCUGGUUGACAUGGUGGUGGAUCCAUUGGAACUUUUGGCUGUCAAUUCACCCUAUCGAUUAAAUGAUCUGUAUUACAUUAAGAAACAGAUAAUCCCUGCUCUGCAGCGGGUGUUUGGACUUGUUGGAGCAGACUUGAACAAGUGGUUCUUGGAGAUGCCCCGCCCAGGUAGGGAAGCAAUUUCUAAACGUCCCCUUUAUGUUCCAAAUCCUCAGAGAACCAGGAUCGAUUAUUACUAUCUCUCAAAACACUGUGUAUUGUGUGGUGAGUUGGUGGAGGCAUCGACCCAUCUUUGUCGUCAAUGCUCUCGAAAUGGAAGUGCUGCAGUGACAGCUGUGGUUGGAAGAACUUCAAAAUUGGAGAGAGAGAUGCAUCACCUUGCUGCUAUAUGUCGACAUUGUGGAGGUGGGGACUGGCUUUUGGAAAGUGGUGUUAAGUGCACAUCGCUUGCUUGCUCGGUGUUUUACGAGAGAUCUAAAGUCCAGAAAGAACUUCAAGGUCUUGCAGCUGUUGCUGCUGAUAAAGGUCUCUACCCAAAAUGUAUGGUCGAGUGGUUUUAUCUCCUACUGUCUCUAAUGGCAUAUACUCCGCUUUCACUCCUCAUUCUCCGACGCCUCUCAAUCGCAUCAUCAACUCCUAAAAUUUCACGUUCUUCUAUAUUUCACCUCCUCACUGCCACAACAAUCAAUCCCUUCUCCACAAUCCCGACACCUUCCUCGUCAUCUGAACCGAACCCCCCGUCGUCGUCGUCGUCAUUGUCAGCCCGCUUGAGCUUCGUCUUCGACCAAAUCGACGCCAUCGAGAAAGAUCGCUCUGAGAAGGACGAAACACUCCAGCGAAUACGCACUUGGCGGGAAUCCAAGAAGGCCCAGCAGCCGGAAUCUUCCAUAAAUGGUGACAUUUCAUAUUCAAAUUCCACACUUUCCGACUCGGUCGUAUCAUAUUCGGCCCAGUCGCCACCGGUUCCAGGAUAUGAUUCCCGCCAGUCUGAGAAGUCGUUGGGAAUCAAAAGUGAGGUGGAACUGGUGCACCCUUGGCCGGAAUGGAUCGAAUUGAUGGAUAGGUUAGUACAACAGAACUACUUUGAUCACAGAAGAAAAGACGAGGAUAAAAUGAUACAAGAACUGGGCUUCGAGUCUCCCCAGGAUGCUCCGGCGGAUUCGGGUGGCCUGGAUUUUAAGAAUUUCAAGCUUGUACAGACAGCCUGCCUCAAUUUCGGGAAGGACCGAUUCGAUAUCAUGAGGUCGUUGUCGAGACAGGAUAUUCAAAUUUUGGUGGGUUUUGGUUGCCCAAGUGCAGACAAGAAGGUGGUUUUCUCGGCAAAACUAUUAAGGAAAUAUGUGCAUUUUGAUGAAGGAGAUGUUUGUAGUUCCUGCAGUUUGAGGAACACAUGUGAAAGAGCAUAUCUUCUCACAUUGAAAGAGGAUGAGGCGCGUACUAUUGAUAUAAUGCGUGUUUUAUUGGCUUAUGGUUUUGAUCCUUUGAAUGGAUCAGUAGUGAAUCAGUCUCUUCUGAAAAAGAAAUCUGUGAAGACUGUAGUGCGUAAGUUGCUUCAUGAAGUUGUCAAGUUGAGUUCUGUACCAAUUGAUCCCAAUCUUCCUCCUCCAAUAUUUAAAAAGCCUCCACCAAAAGUAAAGCAGCCUCCUCCACCUCCAAAAAAACGGGUCGGUCGAGAUGACAUCGAAAUGAAAAAAGGGGACUGGCUAUGCCCCAAGUGUGACUUCAUGAAUUUUGCGAGGAACACUGCAUGCCUGCAAUGUGAUGCAAAACGUCCAAAGAGACAGCUGCUUCCAGGGGAAUGGGAAUGCCCUCAGUGUAACUUCUUAAACUACAGGAGAAAUACUGAAUGUUUUCACUGUGAUUGCAAACGCCCACAUGAUGAAUUUUUAGAGAACAAAAUGCAAGAAAGGCAGAAUGGUUCUAAGUUGAGGUUUGAUAAGACAACUAAUCGGUCAGAGGUUUCUAAUGCAUGGAAUUUUGACUUUGAUGACGACGAAUCAGAUGGAGCGGAUGUUGCUGCCUUUGAGCAUGCAGACUCUUCAGUCAUGGGUAAAGGCUCUCCUUUAGAUAACCGAGCUGAAGGAGGAAAUUUUGGAAGGACUGAAGAUGAUUUUAACAAAGCUAGUAGAGAGCCAAUGGUCCGUGGUGAACAAUAUUCUGAUGCUGAUACUAGUAGACCUGGUAUAGGAUUUGAUGAUUUUGAUGAUGAAGAAGAUGAUGUUGACCACUAUGAGAUAGACACUAGUAAAAGAAGUUCAGUGCUUAAGGUUUCUUCAAAUGAUUUUUCUGACAUUGAAGGGUACUCUGGAUCAGAAGAUGGUCUAGAGUCUGACAAAGUAAUUCAUGCACGUCAUGGGACAAGAUCCCCUUCUUAUGACAAGAAAGCUAAGUCCAUCCGUAGAAGAUCGUUCUCUAGAUCUGAUGAUGAUGAUCUUGAUUUAGAUUCUGACAAUGAACUUUCAGCUAAUCCCAAGUGGAAAUCCAGUCAUGUUGCUGAUUCUAGACCAAGAGGUAGAGGUACAGGUUCGAUGGGUCCAUCCAAGGGUCUCAGCUUUGGUUCUGAUGAUGAAGCUGGGCUGUACUCUGAUGUGGAUGAUGACCGCAAUCAUAAUUUUAAAUCAAGGGGAGGUAAAGCUACUGAUUUUCGCAGGAGAAAAAGUUCUGGUUUUGAAGAUGACCGAUACCCUGGUUCAGAAUCAGAAGAUGAUGAUUUACACAGUGGUAGAAGUAGAUUCAGAGGAAAAGCUGAUUCAUAUAGCAAUGGUAAAGGUUCGAGAGGUCAAAGCAACUAUAAUUUCACCAAAGACACAAAGUUUAGAUCCAGCAGGAUGAAGAAUAGUAGAAAGGACUCAUUCGAAGAUGAUGAUGAUGAUGAUGAUUUUGAUGGAUCAUCAAAAGGGUAUCACAGUAAAGGCCCUAAAGGGUUCAGAGGGAAGAACAAUGGAACAAGAAUGAGUGACAGGGGGGGUGAUAGGCAGAAUUUCAAGGGAAGUAGAAGUGGAGGUUUUGGAGAACAGCGAGAAAGUUUUAGUGAGCGUAGAAACAGAGGGGGUGAUAGACAGAAUUUCAAGGGGAGUAGAGGUGGAGGUGGAGGAUUUGGAGAACAGCAAGAAGAUUUUGAUGAGCGCAGAAACAGAGGGGGUGAUAGGCAGAGUUUCAAGGGGGCUAGAGGUGGAGGAUUUGGAAAACAGCGAAAUGACAGACAAAGUGUAAAUGACAGAGGCAUGGACAAAGAUUGUAACGAGUUUAAAAACAGAAGGCGCGUUAUUGAAAGAUAGAUUCAUUCAACAAUAUAGAACAUUGGAAUUGGCUGUGAAUGUGAUUAGAGUGGAAGGUUUCAAAGUUUUGCUAGAUAGCUUGUGUUAAGUAGAUACCUUGUGUUAAGUUAAUUGAAUUGAAUUGAUUGGUACAAUUAGUUUAAAGUACCGUGAUCAUCAAGUUAUUGUGCUUGUGUAUCAAUAGAAAACGAAGGAGGUAAAGCUGCUAUUUGAGGCAUGCAAAUUUUGCCAGUGUCCUCUACUAUUAGCAUCAAUAAGCAUUCCUGUCUAGAGCUGACCUGAAAAAAUAAUGUAGCUGAUAGAAGAGUACAUUCAAGUUGCCAAA